UUUUAGCGAUAAGCCCGCGGCCACACUGAUCCCUAUAGAGCGCACGUUUUGUUUUGUUUCCUCAAUUUCGGUGAAAUACGAAAUAAAAAGCCACGAAUAUGGCUGCCAAACCAGCUAGCAGUGAGCUCAGCAUGGAGAACAUUUCACUGGAGGCCCUUUCGCUGAGCGAAGGCAUCCAGGACUCGCCCGUCUGCAUUAUUGUGCUGGGCAUGGCUGGUUCCGGCAAGACGACUUUCACGCGCAGCCUCAUCCAGCACGCCCAGGAAAAGUUCAACCCGUAUGUAGUCAACCUGGACCCCGCAUGCCGCGAGGUGCCGUAUGCGACGCACAUCGACAUCCGCGACACAGUAAACUACAAGGAGGUUAUGAAGCAAUAUCAACUGGGACCCAAUGGCGGUAUAGUGACGGCCCUAAACAUGUUUACCACCAAGAUGGCCAAAUUCGCAGAGCUGGUGCGUCGGGCCGGGCAGCGUGGCCACAAGUGGUGCAUCAUCGACACACCUGGCCAGAUUGAAGUUUUCACCUGGUCGGCCUCGGGCAACAUCAUUACCGAAGGCUUGGCUACCAUGUUCCCCACCAUCAUUGUGUAUGUUAUGGAUGUGGUACGCUCCGCCUGUCCCACCACCUUCAUGUCCAACAUGCUCUACGCCUGCUCUAUUCUCUACAAGACCCGGCUGCCCUUUCUUGUGGCCUUGAAUAAGAUUGACCUUAAGGACUGCAGCUUUGUUCAGGAAUGGAUGACGGACUUUGAGGCCUACCAGGAUGCCCUCGAGCAGGAGCAGAGUUUCGUGAACAACCUCACACGCACCAUGUCCCUCACUCUGGACACCUUCUACGAGAACCUGGUCACCUGCGGUGUCUCGGCCAAGACAGGCGUCGGCUUUGCCCAGCUCAUAAAGCAUGUCCUCGACUGCGUGACGGAAUACGAGAAGGACUACAAGCCCGUGUACGAGAAGAUGCGAAAGGAGCGCCUUGCCGAGCAGCAAGCCACGCUACAGCCACCUUCCACGGUUGAAGAUUCGGGUACUGCAGUUCCCAUGGGCCUGGACCUCAAAGAUCCUCCUCCUUACUCUGGCAACAACAUGUUCCUGAUGGCCCCUGGCCUUGUGCCGCAGCAAAUGGAUUCUGAAGAGUUCGAGGAUGAUAUGGAGACUGAUGCCAAGGGCAACACCGAAGAGCAGAACUUUCAGACAUUUGUCCAGAGUCACCUGACGGCCCAGAAAACCAAGCGCAACAAAUUCAUUCAGGAGCAGCAAAAGCCUUAACGUGAUAUGCAGAGUUGAAUAUAAAUAUUUUGUAGGACUUAACCAUAACUUGUUGUUCCGAAGUGACCCCCAAACUGGAGUAUGUCGCCAUUGCUGAACUUCUGCUCGUCAACAGCACCAGCCACCAGCUCCUCGUCAUUUUUAAUUUUUUCAACCGACACCGCCUCUAGGAUCACGCGGUUCUGUCACAUAAAUGAGAUGCUGACAUUGAGGAACAAGAUGCGUUCUCCCGCUUGGGAGGAAACGCAAACAUGCCCCAGGACGCAGUCGGAGAUGACCUAAACCAAGUAUCGUAUUCUUGAUUCCUGCGAUUUCUUUUAUAUGAAACUUAUUCAGUUUCUUGGAAAACAGUUUGCCUUGAAUAAAACUUGACCGAAAAAAUGGUAAAAUAUAUACGCUUGUCACAAAAACCCCAGAUCAACUAAACCGGCAAAUUGAUAUUUAAGCAAAUUAUAAUGUUGCCCAAGACGCUGUUGACCUUCGGGCGCCGUCUCGUUCAUCAGAAGUAUAUUUUUAAGGGUCCCAUACUCCGAGCUCUACGGGAACCCGAAUGCAACUCAAUUGAGGUACCGCAGGUGGAGGAAGAUACCGCUACAGUGCAGCUGCCUGACUAUAUAGAUCCAAAAUGCCUCCAGCCCGUGACGGCUGGGAAAGGUGUGCGUCUAAAGAAAACUGUCAAGCAUCAGGACGAGAAACAGAAAAGCUAUGACUACAAAUAUCACUCCUACUCUCUAUACGAUUUACACGAGGCCACAACGCGUUUGGCUGCGGAACAGUCGAAGAAGAAAGCCAAAAAUUAGUAAUUCUGUAAAGUUCAAAAUGGUAGUCAACAAAAGUAGCGACCAGAAAUCUAGGCAAAUAAUAAAAUUUUGAAACAAUA